AUGCUCCGUUUCCACUCCCUCCCCGGGGGAGAGCCGGCUCCGCUCUUCUACCGGCGCGAGGAGUUGGCAAACGGCUCGCUCCCGCUCGUCCACGGCCGCCGCCUCGCCUCGGGCGGCAUCCUCGCCGGCGCUCUGCACACUAUCGGCUACUAUGCGACCGACGUCUGUGUCGGCUCACCGCCGCGCCGGUACGAGCUCAUCAUCGACACGGGCUCGUCGCUCACGGCGGUGCCUUGCGCCUCGUGUCGCACCUGCGGCGACCACGCCUGCGGCAAGGCUGGCCGCUUCGACCUGCGAGCCUCGAGCACGGUGGUGCCCGUGACCUGCCCUCUCGACGGCAAGAGGCAUCCGGGCGUGAAGUGCGACCAGUGCGUGUCGUCGCAGUGCAGCUACGCGGUCCACUACACCGAGGGCUCCUCCAUACGCGGCCAGAUCGUGAAGGACCUCGUUCACUUCCAGGGGGGGGAGGGCGGCGAGAGCGCCUCGCCGGCCACCGUUCGCGCCUUUUUCGGCCGCCACGACCGAGCGGAGGGGCACGCCUUUCUUCUCCGAUGGCUGAUGAGCAUCAGCGACUGGAAUGGUAGGCUGCCAGACCCAGGAGACGGGCAUGCUGUGGCUGGCCGCGGGCGGGUCCCGUCCUGGCUCUCAGCCCUCGUCGAGCAGCAGCGAGCGAGGCCCUCCUUCUCGCUCUGCCUCUCGGACACCUCCGGCCUCUUCCUCCUCGGCGGACGGCACGCCAGAGCGAGAAGAGUAGUGCUCAUGCUCGUGUGGCCGUGA